CUGUCUCCCACACUAGCCUGGCCUCGCUUCCAGCAGAUUUCAUCCUUCAAAUCAGCCAAAAUUACAACUUGCCCUCCUUCGUCUUCAUUCAUUCUCAGAGCAGCCAAACACUGUUCUCCCAAUGGAGAACCAGAAAACCGGUUCGCCCCUUUCUCAGCGACCCGAUUCGUCCGGCCGGUUCGGCCGGUUCGGUGGCAAGUACGUCCCCGAGACUCUCAUGUUCGCACUCACCGAGCUUGAGGCUGCGUUCCACUCCCUUGCCUCUGAUGAAGACUUUCAGAGAGAGCUGAGUGGGAUUCUUAGGGACUAUGUUGGCAGGGAGAGCCCACUCUACUUUGCUGAGAGGCUGACGGAGCAUUACAGGCGUGGCACCGGCGAAGGGCCGCAGGUGUACCUGAAAAGGGAGGAUCUUAACCACACCGGCGCUCACAAGAUCAACAAUGCUGUUGGUCAGGCAUUGCUUGCCAAGAGGCUUGGGAAAAAGAGAGUUAUUGCCGAGACUGGAGCUGGUCAGCAUGGAGUUGCCACUGCCACCGUGUGUGCUCGGUUUGGGUUGGAAUGUGUUGUUUAUAUGGGUGCUCAGGACAUGGAAAGGCAGGCUCUUAAUGUGUUCAGGAUGCGCCUCCUUGGUGCCGAGGUGCGAGCAGUUCAUUCCGGAACUGCGACAUUGAAGGAUGCCACAUCAGAAGCUAUAAGGGAUUGGGUGACCAAUGUGGAGACAACUCAUUAUAUCUUGGGUUCUGUUGCCGGGCCACAUCCAUAUCCUAUGAUGGUACGAGAGUUCCAUGCAGUGAUUGGCAAAGAAACAAGAAAGCAAGCAUUGGAGAAAUGGGGAGGGAAACCAGAUGUACUUGUGGCAUGUGUCGGUGGAGGCUCAAAUGCUAUGGGGCUUUUCCAUGAAUUUGUAGACGAUGAUGAUGUUAGGCUAAUUGGAGUGGAGGCUGCUGGACUUGGCUUAGAAACCGGUAAGCAUGCGGCUACAUUGACAAAAGGAGAAGUUGGGGUUUUGCAUGGAGCAAUGAGCUAUCUUUUGCAGGAUGAUGAUGGACAGAUAAUUGAGCCCCACUCAAUAAGUGCAGGAUUGGACUACCCUGGGGUUGGACCAGAGCAUAGUUUCUUGAAAGAUGUAGGACGUGCUGAGUACUACAGUGUUACCGACGAAGAUGCGCUUGAAGCCUUCAAGAGACUAUCACGGCUGGAAGGAAUAAUUCCAGCUUUGGAGACAUCGCAUGCUCUUGCUUACUUAGAGAAGCUAUGCCCAACCCUCCCAAAUGGAACCAAGGUUGUGGUAAAUUGCAGUGGCAGAGGGGAUAAGGAUGUUCAAACUGCGCUCAAGUACUUGAAAGAUUGAAUAAUGCUAUGGACAUAUCUUUUUGGCCAAUGCUUGAUUGAUUUUUAAGUUUCAAGUAUAACUCAACAGCUUGACCCUGGAAAGACGGAUUCCUUUCCCAAGGAGAUUGAUAUCUAAUUCAGGAGUUUCAGGACUUUGGAGGAUUCUUUUUCAGAGUUGAUUUGGGAAUAAUUCACCUUGUAAAUUAUUACCUUUCUUUUUGUGACUUGUAAAUUAUUACUUUAAAAUUGUUCAA